CAAUAAGGCUUAUUUGGACAAAGUUAAUUUGGUUGAAAGUUGGCACAAACAUUGAUCCUAAAAUGAAACUUCUUGGUGUUUUAUCGCUUGUUCUUAUGAGCAUUCUUGUCUCUCAAGCAGGCCCAGUCGAUAGUGAGUUGAACGAACAAGAUGUUGUUCCCUCAACCACAAUGUCUGCCAACAUGAACAACUACGUUGAUAUUGUUAUGAUUCAAGUGGGACCAUGGAUGAAUCAAAAUUUCCUUCCCAAGGAUCUGCCCGAUUUCGUGGAAGGUUUUGAACAUAGACCGAUUUUGAUUACCUAUCAUGGCGAGCUCGAGCUGACCAACGGGGUGUUCCACAACAUCCAGAGUGUGGUCAGAAGUGGAACGGCCAUGAUGCACUAUGACCGGCGGCUGCUAAGAGUGGUGCUUGGGUUUAAUCUCAGACAGCUCGGUUUUACUUACGACUACUCUGCACACAUCAUGGAUUUGGGCCCAACCGGCUGGGUUGAUGUCGACAUUGCCACUCUCACCUUCCAAACCGAGUUCGCCAUCGACACGCACACCUUCUUGAUCUACAUGAACGAUUUCCGCAUGACCAAUAUGGGCAAUUUGAACAUCCGAUUCCGUGGCAACAUUCUGGUGGAUUGGCUCAGCAAUAUCUUUGUCGGCAUCAUCACCACCAUUUUCAACAACACCAUCACUAAUCUGGUGUCCGAGAUGUUGAACGAGUUCAUCCAGGCCACGCUGGACCAGAUGAAUGACCGUAUACGGACCCAGGCACGUGUCCUGACUGAGGAAGACCUGAUCCAGAUCGUAGCGCAGCUGAAAGGAAUGUUUUAGAAAAUAUAUCUAGCCAGUCAGUCGCUGUUGUAAUUGAGCAGUCAAAGUCAAACGCCAAGUCAAAGUUGAUUUCUGCUUCGUUUGAGCAUUACGCCGGAUGAAUAAAUAUUUGCUUAUUGUUCGCUAUUUGUGAGACAGACGAACAUUAAAA